GCGCCGGGACCCCCCGGCGAUGCUGCUGCAGCCGCCGCCGCCGCCGCCGCCGCCGCCGCUUCUGUAGGGAGCGCCGGAGCCCGCCGCGGAGACAGGUCGGCUGAACAAAGCUCGGGCUCAGUUGUGCUGCCUGCUUGUCAGCCUCUUGCCUCCCAAACGCGUACCAUUUCCACUUGAUGUCAUCACGCAGAAGGGGGUGAAAGGGACUCGGUGACAGACUCAGAAAUGAACACGCCUGAGGAUGCUAGAUGCCUGUGAACUCCCCGACCCCCCGGCGACUUUGGAAAGACUGGAAGAAAGAAGCUGGCGGAGUGGUGGGCUCUGAGAACAAGCUCCUUCCCCUCGGCCUUGGCCUUCCUGCCCGCAGUCCACCAUGGAGACGCUCUCCCAAGAGUCUUUGCUGGAAUGUCAGAUCUGCUUCAAUUACUACAGCCCCCGGCGAAGGCCCAAGUUGCUGGAUUGCAAACACACGUGCUGCUCGGUGUGCCUUCAGCAGAUGAGGACGAGCCAGAAGGACGUGAGGUGCCCCUGGUGCCGGGGCAUCACCAAGCUGCCCCCGGGCUUCUCCGUGUCCCAGCUCCCGGACGACCCCGAGGUCCUUGCCGUCAUCGCCAUCCCGCACGCCUCCGAGCACACCCCAGUCUUCAUCAAACUUCCGAGCAAUGGGUGCUACAUGCUGCCCCUGCCCGUCUCCAAGGAGCGAGCGCUGCUGCCCGGAGACGUGGGCUGCCGUCUGCUGCCCGGGAGCCAGCAGAAGGCCGUCACCGUGGUGACCAUCCCGGCAGAGCAGCAGCCUCUGCGGGGCGGGGCUCCGCCCGAGGCGGUGGAGGAGGAGCCAGACAGGCGGGGCGCGGCGAAAAGCUCCACCUGGUCCGGGGUGUGCACUGUGAUCUUGGUGGCCUGCGUCCUGGUCUUCCUUCUCGGCAUCGUGCUCCACAACAUGUCCUGCAUUUCUAAGCGCUUCACUGUGAUAUCCUGUGGCUGAAGAGGGCCGCGCGGAAGUCUCUUGUGGGUGCCAACUAGGGGUUGAGCAGGUGUUGGUGAUGGAUCGCGGUGAGGAGAUGGGGGGCCACGCUGAUCAUUGGGUGCCGAGUGCUGGCCUCUGGGCUGCCACUUGAUUAACCCACGACAGACACGAAGGGCAGAAUGUGAGGUCUCAGCAAGAUACCAGGCAGAGCGCUCUGAUUAUUGGUGGCAACAGCUUCCAAGACGAUCGCAUGCAUCCUCAUAAUCAUGUAUUAAAUGGACUGUAAUUGAUGAUUUCUCAAAAUCAUGUUGCCAGAUAGACCUAUUCUACUUAGAUGUUAAACUGUGGAAGUGCAUACAAUGUGAUCUUCUCUAAAUGUGGUAGAUCAAAACAAAGAUGCUAUGUAUACAAGUAGAAUUAAAUCUGAGAAUCCAUGUAAAAAUUCAGUGAUGACAUGCAGUGCUGGUUUCUUUCCUUUUUAAAAAAAUGAAACCCAGUCUUCAUUUAGUGGCUAAGGCCUUUUAUACUUUUUGAAUGGCACCCAAAUUAAAAUAAGUGAAGUGGACAGUUGUUUUUUCAGGAGGAUAUUUGAACAAGGGUUUCCAGUGUGUUGUGUUUUGUCACGUACCUCCAUUUUUCUUCCCUUGUAAUUAGAGCUCGCUAAGUGUUUAUUAAACUGAAAGCCCAACAGGGGAGCAAUAAACUGAGUAAUAAUGAGAAAUGCCUAAUCCCACAGGAAACCUACAUGCCAAUUUUUCUCAAGCCAUCUCACAAAACAAGAAUUUUAAAUGUAAAUAUUGUGUAUUUGUGUGUGUGUGUGUGUGUGUGUGUGUGUGUGUGUGUGUGUAAUUUGAUUUACCUCAGGUUUUGAAUCUUUUCAGAAGAAUCCCGGGAGUAAGACUUUGUGGGCAUGAAUGAGUCCGGGGUCUAAAAUGAUGGCCACCUCAAGGGCACCGGUACCCACCCAGCGAGGUGUCACAGACACGUCACUUCCAAACUUGCUCCUCUUCUGUGUAUUCAAGUCCUGUAUUCUGUAAGGCACUAAGGGAGAGGAACAGAAGAUUCUGUCUUUUCUCCCAGUUUUGAUGUAUUGUAACAGCCAUGAGUGUUGGUAAACAGUAACAAACUUGGACUGGCAUUUUAAGACAGUCCAUGAUUAUUUUUUGAAAGAGAUUGUUCCAUGAGAGUUAACUCAUUUUGAAUUCCAGUUUCCUCUUGUUGGUACAAGUGAGACUAUCUCUUGUAUUUCAAAAUAUGUUUUCAUUGAGAAAAAUGGCAAGGUGAAGUAGCAACUCACAUUCCCAGUUUAAGUGGACCAGUUCAUCAUAAAUUCUCAGACGUUCUUAAAUGUGUAAUGGCCUAUAGAUGCUCAUGAAGAAAGAUCUGCUGGUCUUAAAUGAUAAAUUUCUAUCCCUGAAUGUGUGUACGUUCAGACAUAGCUGUGAGCUUUACAGUUCCCUUCUAGUUUCUCUUACGGAAUUCAUGAAGCAAGUGGUAUGUGCCAAGGUCUCCGCUCAUAAAUAUGUCUGUUUAUGUUCCACUGAAUCCCUGAAAAUAAGGGACAGAAAAAUAAGCAGUGACUGGCUCCAAAAAGUAAGGCUAGAAAAAGCCCUUAAGACUGAGAUAAUUUAAUUUACUUAUAUGCUAACUGUUACCUUCAAGCAGCACAAAAUAUGCACAUUAAAGUGAUGGAAUUAAUGAGAUAAAAUGACAAUAUAAUGAAUAGAAUCCCAAGCUAACCCUGUUCAUUGACAUGAGGAUUUGAUAUAAAAAUAUGAACAUGGGUUUUUCAAAUCUUUCAAAUUUGUCAUUAGACCUUUAGGAAAUGUAUUUGAAAGCUCAAACUAGAAAUUAGGUUAAAAUGCCAUUUUAUUGUGUAAGCUAUUGGGCAUUAUACAACAAAUAAUCUAGGAUUUAUUUGGUAUUAAUAAUUUAGGUAUCCCAUUAGCUGAAUGCUAUCCUCUAUUAUGUAACCUAAUAUACUGUUGGGUUAGUUUCAAUUUCUCAAACUCUCCCAGGCUGCCGUGAUGCAUGUCUGACCUAAUUUCUAUUCCUCUUGGAAAAAAACCCCCACAGAAAUGUUACAUUAAGAAUUCGACAUUUCAAAUGGACUUUACCCUUGCAAUAUUAAGUCAUGCCAUUUUCAAAUUAAUUUUGUGAAUGAUGUCUACAUAUGUUUAUGUCCGGUAUGAAAUGACCAGCCCUGGAGUGUAGUGUGUGAUAGAAUUCUACAUGGUCUGUAGGUUAUAUAUAGACACUAACACACGUGAUGAUACAGUGCCCUGUGUUUCUUAGUGCAAAGCUGUAGAGUACAAAUGUCCAUGUACCUUUUUUUUUUUUUUCACACACACACACUGUAUUUUAUUUUUACAAGAGAUAAAUCGACUGACACCAAGCAUUGUACAUGUCCAUGUACCUUUUACUUAAAAACAACCCUGUGCUAGAGCUGCAAUUAAGCAGUGCAAAAUUAAUCGGCUCUACGAUAGAUUCUUGACGUUACAUUUUAAGGUACAAUAACAACCAAAAUCAGAAUUUUUCGUGUGAGUCUUACUGACGUAAGAACAAUUGUUUAUGUGGAUUCUGCCUGCAAUUAUUUAUUUGUGUACCUGCUUAUCAGGGUGUGCAAUCCUGUGCGUGCACAUAUCUAUGUGAUGUCUCAGCCUGCCAGGUAGGAUUUUUAUAGGCUUAAUGAUGUUUAUGUUUUUGGCAUCCCAUUGCUCUGGCCUCUUUGGCCUUUACCCAUGAUACUAACAACUCAUCUACCCCAUGUGACUCAAGUCCAGUGACACAAUCAGCCAGAAUUCACAGUUGCACAUCAAUGAAAAAACUCACAACUGAAAGCACAGAAAGAGCUGAAAGCAACCUCUGGUGGCUUCAUUUUGUAGUUGAGUCUGCUGGGGCCCCCAGAGGUGCGAGCCCGUUUGUCAUUCUGCAGCAAAAGGGGGACCAGAACUUUGUACUGCAGUUUCCUCCUUCCUAGACCUGUCGACCUCUCUGUUGGUCUAUGAUCUUUUUCAGGGAGGAUCAAUACCCUUUACUAACUCAACUAUUAAGUUUUUUGUUUUUGUAGAUUUAUAUAUUCACUUUAGUUAGCAUCUACCUCUCUGGGAAAUGAAAGGAGGGCUGAUUUAGGGAUGAGUAUAGACAGUUAAAGAGAACCAUGUGAUCUGAAUUUUUUUAAUUGCAAAACAUUGGUCCCCCCCUCCCACUUGAGCUAUAAAGGACAGUGAGUGUUGUGUAAAUAGUAAACUAUAAGAAGCAUGAAUUUUCAUCUUUAUUAAUGAUCUUGACAUAAGCAAGAGAAUGCCAAAUAUGCUAAGUAGAGCCAAGUAUGCUGUCAAAAAGCAUUGUCUUUGGAACAUUUUUGUAUAAUCACCUGGGGCGUAAGUUGUGAAAAUGGGUUGUGCAAAUGGGUUCUCAGUUCCAGUCAUACUUUACAAUCAGAAAGCUAUAAGGCAUUUCCUUUAGGAAUAUAAUUAAGUUUAAUCUUGCACAUGACUUGAGUGGGUCCCUUGAAGGUUAAAACCGUGUGCUGGUGCAACCUUGGGAUCUUCUAGAUUGACGCUGUUCAAUAGAACUUUCUGUGAUGAUGGAAAUGUUCUGUAACUUAUGCUGUCCAAUACAGUAGCCACAUUGGGUGCUGGGCAACUGAAAUGGGAUUAGUCUGAGUGAGGAACUGGAUUUUGUAUUUUAUUUAAUUUAAAGUUAUUUAAAUAGAUGCCACUCACAUGUGGCUAGUGGCUAUUAUAUUGGACAGUGCACUUCUGGAGGGUUGUGCAAUGGAAUCUAGCAUCAAAAUAUUAAUGGAGUAAACAGAGUAAGGCGAAGAAGACAGUUUGUGGUUUAGUAACAUGCAGUUGGCUUCAAAAAUAUAUGGUCUCAAGUAUGACAGUAAAAAUGCAUCAAUUGCUCUUCAGGGUUAUUACUUAGAUACUCUGGGCCAAGGAAUAAUCAGUGAAGCUUAAAGAGUGCUCGAUAAAGCCCACUUUUCUGGGAUCAUUAGCUGCAUGUGAAUCUAUUGUCCAAAAAUAGUAGUUAGACAGUAGCUCUAAAACGUUUGACUUGCAUGACCUGUACUGUAAAAUUGUGUUUAGGGUCUUGUGACCAAAAAGUAAAUGUUACAGAAAAAAAAAAAAAAAGCCUAAUGAAAUCCCUCUUCACUUUCAGGGUCUUACCCAAACGCCAUCAUUGCAUUAGUAAGGUAUGAAAUAAAAGAGCAAGCAGGUUUUGCAGUGUUCACGGGGAGUGUUUUGGUUUGCCCUUGAAGUCUGCCAGCUCGUCAUUGUAUUUGAGGUGGGCAUAGGUGGGCAUCAUUUUUCAGAUGCCAGACAAAAAUAUAGGUACUAUUUUUAGAGUGAGAUUUGACAUUGUUUUCGUCCUGUUUGUUUUUUUUAGUUAUCACUGAAAGAAUCGAAGAUUUGAAGCCUUGCACAAAGACACUUUGUUUUACAUUAAAAAAAAUUGUCCAUGGAAUUUAAAGCCUUGAAGGCUAUUAAAGUUACUAAAAUUGCUUUUUAAGUGAAUAAAGGGAAGCAGAAAAUUGAAUUUGAGAUAUAUUUCAUAGAAAGAUCAGACUUCCUGAUAGUCCAGUAUUUAUUCCAGUCUAGAUUUGGUUUUAUAGAGUUCUCAUAGUUUUAUUUGAAAAGCUAUGCUGUGUCUAAAUUGGUUAGUCUGCUUUUCAUUGUCUAAAAAUACUGUGAACCAAAUGCAUUUGCUUCAAUUUAGCAGAAUUGGGUUGAUUUUUUUUUUUUAUAUAUAUAGAGAACUCAUCAAUGGGCAGGACUCUUUAGUUCAUCCUUAAAAAUGAUUAAAAUUUUUUUUGCCCAAUGAUAGUUUUUCUUUAGACUUAUGAGGAAAUUAGAGGGCUAAAGGUUAUUGGUAUGAGAGGAGUGAUAUGCCAAUGGUUUGAAUUACUAUCUUCUCUUAGAAAUUAUGCUGCCAACUAGUCAGCAUUUUGUUUUCACACAAGUGUCAUCAGUCAGUCAAUCUGUCAUCCUUGACCUAGAAGGAGAAGCUGUUCCUUACCAUUUCCACCAUUCUCAGUAAAACAUUGCCCACAAAGUAAUACGUACUGAAAGAGAAACACCAAAGAAGAAUGAGUCAAGAUAAUUCAGCAACUGUUUUGAAAGUGGUAGUCUAUUUCACAAGUGAUGACAAGUUGCUGAAUUUUGUUAAACAUGAAAGUCUUCUAAAAAAAUAAGUGGAAAUUCAAGCCAUUGAUUUUCCUGACACAAUUGAUUCACUGUAUAUAUAUCAUCUAUAUCUAUACAUAUAGAUAUAAAUAUAUAUGUAGACAUACGAUUUAGCUAUAACUGAAGCUAAAAAGAUCAAGUAAAAUGUUUUCCAAUGUGGGUUAUGUAAUGGUGAAUUUAGAUGUUAAUUUCUCAACAAAUGUUAUAGGCUGCAUCCAUUUUGUCAAACCAACUAUCUUUGGGAGUAUCUAUAUAACUAAGCUCUUGAGACUUUUCAAAUAUAUGAAGGGGUGGGUUCUACCAUAUACAUUUUGUUGGAAAGCCAUUGACCAUUAAAGAAUAUUAAUGGGUGGGGCAUUUAAUGUCUGUCUUCCAAAUGACUUAUUUUUUGGCUCUGCUCAAGUGGUCAAGGGUAGAGCACCAUUAUUCUUGAACUCUUGCAAUAUGGCUCCGAUUUUUCUGCACAAGUUUCCUUGCACAGUCGGGCCAACAAUUUUUUUUUUCAGGGUUCACUGCCUGGGGUACCCUACUAUAUACAAUCUCACUCAUGAUGUAGUGGUGCUUGAAAACACUCAUCUCGUUAGCUGGACUUUAUUAUUCUAGUCUACGGUUUUUGAUACUAUUCAUAUUAUGAUCUUUUUAGAGACAAUCAGUAAUAUUUGGGGCAAAGAACUGAGGGGUCUCUUGAAGUCUGCAACAGCAUGUAUUUUCUUUGUUUUUCUGGGGCAUGUUCUCUUAUGGCUGUCCCCGUUCUUCUAGAACACUGCUCUAAAUUCAUCUCCAUGGGAUGUAGGGCUAGUAGCCCGUGUGAAAGUCUUCUGUGGUCUCCCUGGGAUAUGUUAAUUGGAUUAUUCUAACAAGAGUUUUCCAAAGGGAAGCUCAGUUUUUAAUUUGACAUUUGCUUUUUGAGAAUCCAGAGGUAGAUGGUUGGAUGUGAUGGUUGUGAAGGAGCAUGGACUGUAAGAAGGAGGAAAUAGAUGAGGCAGAUGCCCCUUAAAGGGGAACAAGUUGAGAUAUUUAGGUCAUCCCUAUUUAAAAAGUGGGAGGACACAAUAGUUGGUGUCUUACCCUGUGCUUCAGAAAAUUCCUGGUUGGAUUUUCCUGGCUGAGAGAAAACCCAGCUCUUAGGUAGAUCCUGUAUGGUAGAGGUGGAGAUGUGGCAUUGGGUCUAUGGCAACAGAUAGGAAGGUAUCCCCAGAGAGUGAGAAAACACUUGCAUAAAGGGAGGGAAAUCCGUAAUGAGAUGAUAACUCCUGAACAAAGUAGAUAGAAGAUGAAGGUCAAUCGUGGCAGAAACCAGCUGAAGAAAGAAACCCAGGACAACUGGGAAUAACUUAGCCAAGCACAAUUUGUCAUUCCAGUAUGGCCCACCAAAUUCGAUUCAGGAUGUUUAAACUGAAGACAAACAGGGAAUAUGGUCAGCUGAUGAGAGGGUCCAAGGAGGCCCUAUUGGGUGUCAGCACACAAGACAAUUUCAGAACCUGCUCUGCAGCUGGUUGCUGAGUCAUUGCAGACAAACUCUAAUGACAUCCUCUUAACCAUGGAAUGCAACGCCCGUGCCUGUGGAUGUAUCCUGGCUUGAGUAGGUUAAGACUAUUGGGAAGACUCAUUCAGAAUAUUUCAGUUUCUAUCCAGGUUGUGGUCAUUUAUUAUAUUUUUUAUUCCACCACUUGUUCCUGUUUUGCUCCCUUGGCAGAUGCAGGUGGGGAGGCUGGUUUCAGCUUGGGGUGGUUACAAACUCCCAUCACAUGCCAUGCAGCUGCUGCCCAGGGUCCCUGCCAUUCGGAUGGCUCCACUGGUGGGUUCCCUGGCCCUCUUGAUAACUAGUACUCCAGUCAAAUGGCUAGAUUAAUGCUGCUCAGAGGCUGUUAACUUAAGUCCUUGACAUGUUUCAUUUACAAUUAUGUGGAUUAUUUAUUUUAGAAUCUUUUCUUUUAAAGGGCCAAAUAGCCCUACAUAUAAAUGAGCUGCUGGACUGUGUAGAAAAUAUUGUCCAAAUGUUGCCAAAUAUUGACUUCGUUAGGGGGGUAUCAAGCUGCUGUUUAUAAAUCUGAAUGUCUUAAAAGCAUUCUUGCUUGCUCUUUCUGUUGUAGGUGGUGUCUUAGCAAGUCCUGAGUUUUUCCAAUGAACCCGAUUUUAACAUAUGGUAUUUUUGUAUGCCAAUCUGGUGUCUUGUCCUUUGUAUAUGUGGUAAUGUUGAUUUUAUGACUACUGUUAAAACACAUUUGCUAUGAUUAAAAUUCAUAAAACGAU